UCGCGCGAGUCGUUCUCAACGGCUGCGGGUUAGUGGUGUUGCAAAAUCGAUGCAUUAGUGAAAAUAACAAACCGAAAAAAAAAACACUAAAUGUACAUACAUAGAUAAGAGUAUACAAAUUUUUGUAGUAAAGGCAAACUAGAUUAAGAUGGCAAGCUAGUAAGCAAACCAUAUAAAAAAUUUUUGGAAGAAAUAGAUAGCAAAAUCAGUGUAAAGUAAAAAGAGCUCAUUUACUUACUAGAGUGGAAAUACUCGGCGGGUCAUUUGUGACUAUUUGAUGGUGAAACGAGAAUAGUGGCUGCGUCAUUCAACGCGUUCGGCUCCAAUAAAGCACCGCUCACGCUGAAGUGGGAGAGCAGUGUUUUCUGUGUUUGUUGGGAUUUGUGUAUAUAUUUAUGCAUGUGUUCAAGAAAGUUCUUAAAGUAAAUAGAAACAAAUAAAUACAGUGGGUGAUAGUGAUUGUCAAAAUCAGCUGUGCAGUCCUGAUAACAAGUGACACGGUAAACCGGGCGAAAGGGAAGUGUGAAACGAAGUGGUACAGAUAAAACAGCUGAUCUAAUCCAUAUAUGAAGAGAUUUGCAGAAUACCGCCAUGCAGGUUUUGUUGGAGCUGAACUUUAGGCAACGUAACUCUACCCGUCUUGCCAUAAUCCUCUCUGGAAUGCUUGCAUUCAUCUUAUUCAAAGAUAGUACGAGAGGAUGCCUCUUUCUAGGAGCUGCUUUGGCAUUGAUGCUUAGGAAUCCAACGAUUGUCUAUGCCUACGGGAACACUAUUAAACGCGAUAUUGUAGCCGGCUACCGCUUUGUCAGAUUGACCAUUUUCAUAAUGCUAAUGGAACGCAAAAAAUGGACGAUAGCUCGCAUUUUUCAAGAACGUGCGAAAAAGCACCCGCAAAAGCCCUGCUUGGUAAUAGAUAAUCGAUCGUUAAGCUUUCAGCAUGUAGAGGAAUACACGAACAAAGUUGGCUCAUACUUCAAAGCACGUGGAUUAAAACGGGGUGAUUGCGUAGCACUGAUCAUGGAAACUAGACCAGAGUAUGUGUGUCUGUGGCUCGGCCUCUCGAAGAUUGGUGUAGUCACAGCGUUGAUAAACUCUCAUUUACGGCGUGACUCACUGCUACAUUCCAUCAAAGUGGCAAAGGCCCGCGUCAUUAUAUUAGGUACCGAACUUACCGAAGCCUUGGAAGAGAUUACUGAUGAUAUUGAAAUCAAAGCCAUGCCAGUGUAUCAAUUCAGCGAUGAAAAUCAACGAGACAAUGAUAACCUUCACCUUAUUAACGGUGCAAUUGACCUUUACAAUGCCUUACAAUUGCAACCUAUUGAAGACUUGCGUUCGUACAUUGCCGCUUGCAGCCCUAAAGACAAGCUUCUAUAUGUGUAUACAUCAGGUACAACGGGUUUACCAAAGGCCGCGGUAAUAAAUAACUUAAGAUACUUAUUUAUGGCCAGCGGAAUCUACCACUUGCUCGCACUCAGAGCCAGCGAUGUGAUAUAUAAUCCAUUGCCUCUUUAUCAUAGUGCAGGUGGUAUUCUUGGAGUGGGAAAUGGUCUGGUAAAUGGCUGUACCAUUUCCAUGCGUAAGAGGUUUUCAGCGUCGAACUUUUGGAAGGAUUGCAUCAAGUAUGAUUGUACAGUGGCUCAGUAUAUUGGCGAGUUGUGCCGUUAUCUGCUGUCCACCCCGCCGAAACCAGAGGACACUGAACACCGUCUUCGCUUAAUGUUCGGAAAUGGUCUGCGGCCGCAAAUUUGGUCGCAAUUCGUAUCCAGAUUUAAUAUUCCGCAUAUCGGCGAAGUCUAUGGGUCGACUGAGGGCAACUCAAAUUUAGCCAAUGUAACGAAUCAAGUGGGUGCUGUAGGGUUUAUACCACUUAUUGCACGUUACUUUUACCCUGUACAAAUUAUUAAAUGUGAUGAAGAAACGGGUGAGCCUAUCCGAAGUUCUACGGGGUAUUGCAUACGCUGUCCAUCCGGAGAAACCGGAUUGCUUAUAGGUAAGGUGAAUCCGAAGCGCGCGGUGACUGCUUUCAAUGGGUAUGCUGAUAAGGAGGCAUCUGAGAAGAAAUUGCUGCGAAAUGUGUUUAGUAAGGGUGACAUUUAUUUCAACUCUGGAGAUAUGAUGGUUGAGGAUAUUCUGGGAUAUUUCUAUUUCAAAGACCGAACGGGCGAUACAUUCCGUUGGCGUGGUGAAAAUGUUGCAACACAGGAAGUGGAAGCGAUCAUAACAAAUGUUGUUGGUUUAAAAGAUUGCGUCGUAUACGGUGUAGAUGUUCCUUACGUUGAGGGAAAAGCUGGAAUGGCGGCUAUAGUUGAUCCCGAUCGCAAAGUAGACAUGCAACAUCUAUCGGCAGGAGUUCGGGGCAGUUUGCCAGCAUUUGCACGACCUCUAUUUAUAAGGCUUAUGAACGAUAUUCCUCGUACCGCUACUUUUAAGCUGAAAAAGAGGGAGCUUGUGCGCGAAGCCUUCGAUAUCCGUCGGAUAAAAGAUCCCGUAUUUUACUUAAACAAAGAUGGCAUAUAUCGCCUGCUUACACAAGAGCAAUUCGAAGAUUUGUUAGAGGGUAGAGCUGGACUGUAAAUGAAAAUGAUUUCGAAGCUUUAAGAGAUAAUAGGAAGCUUUGGAUUUUAGUUUAAGAUUGAAAAUUACAAUGUUGUUAAGUCAACAAAAAAUUGUAUUUCCACAAUACAAUAUUUUACUGGAAAAUCAAAAAAAGGCAACACGCAAACCCGAAAUUUAUUGCAAAUAUCACGAUUGCAAAGUCGAAGUAGUUCAAAAAAAUAUUUAAAACAUGUUUUGAAGGAGUAGAUAGUUUUUCACAUGUAAACCAUAAAACUAAAAGUUUCCGGAUGUGGAAAUAUCAUUUGAUAUCUAUGUACGUUUAAGUAAAACGGGUCGCAAUAAAACAAUGAAGAGUCAUAUUCAAUACAAUAACUUCCAUAUCACACCCCUAGAUCUGAAGUACGAUCAACUCGAAAUAAAGAUUUUUUUUUUUGCAUAUAUUAAAGCAUUGGACUUACCUCCAAUGAAUGCAAAUAUUGUUUUCUUCUUGAUUAUAUACACUUACUAAAAAACUAUUGUUAUUCCUGCUUUUGUAUUAAUUGCGUUAAAUCUGUGCGAUCCACAAGCAGCUAUAUUUCCCGAACUGAAUUUUGAGUUAGCUCACUUUAGAUCUAGGUGUGCGAUAUUAUCUUGCGUUCAACUGCUAAAAAUUCUUAUUCUGCGCCGUUUCAAAGCAAGUAUUUAAUUAGUUAGGGACUUGGCAAUUCCAAUUAGCGUCAGUUAACGCAGAAGAGAAAUAGCUGGCAUAUAAAUGUUCUAAAUUCUCCCAAUUUAAGGGGUGAUUUAACCAUCGUUCGAAAAAUUCGUUUUAUAAAGAGAAACUGGAAAUCGAAAAAUUAAGAAUUACGUAGUAUAUUUGCAAAGUCGCGCGAAGAGAUCAAAUUAUAUGCUCGAAAACUGCAUAAAUGUUGCAUUUAUUCUGUGAAAUUUGCGUGUUCUUUAGUCAGCAUUCUCGAUGGGUUGUUUGUUCUUUUCUCAAAUUGUUGCCCUCUGGCCCGAGAAAAUAGAGCUGGAAAACAAUUGAUGGUACAACCAAUAGUAUCGAUAAUUUCCAAUUUCCCUCACUAUCGAUGUUUUUUCUGUAAAUAUCGAUGGUUUUUCUAACAAGUAUACCAUUUGUUAGAAAAAUAUUUUAUGAAAAUAUCACACAUUUUCGGUUCUAUUAACGAAUUCAUCCACGGUAUGAUUUUCGUGCAAUCUUUUAAAGUUUAUAAAUUAAUGAUUAUCUAGACCAGAGAUAGGCAAAGUGGCUCCCAGGAGCCUUUUGCACUUAGGAGCCGGCUUGGCAGAUUUAGGUGUUAGAUGUAGGCUUGCCAACCGUACUAUAAUAUAAAGUAUUGUACUAUUUUUUCGGA